AUGGAACAUUCAAUUGUUCAAUUAAUGGAUUUACCUGACGAAUUAAUUAUGAUUAUUUUAAACAAGUUGGACAAUAGUGAAGUACUUUAUUCUUUAAUGGAUGUUAACACGCGUCUAAAUCAAAUUGUGCACGAUCUCAUGUUUACUACUAAAAUAACUUUAACGAAAUCUGCUGAUCUUAUGAUAGCACUACCUGAUAUAAUGCUGGAUCGAUUUUGUUUGCAAAUAUUGCCUAAAAUCCAUCAUAACAUCAAGUGGUUCAGUCUGGAAUCAUCAUCUAUGGAACGUGUUCUUCUUGCUGCUGACUAUCCCAAUUUACGUCAACUUGACAUUUUUAUCAAUGAUCAGAAAUGUUUUUUUCAUUUAACUGAUAAAUCUUCUCUAUAUCAUAUAUUCCAAAAUCAGAUUGUGACAUUGUCUCUGACUACUAAGAAAGAUAUUCAUGAUGCAAUAACAAUGAAUGAACGGGCAAAUCUAUUUUCAUAUAUCUUGAUUAUAUUUACUAAUAUUCUUCAUUUGAAAUUCUAUGAGUCAAGUUCAUCUAUAUUAUUUAAAGAACCAUGUUCAUCGUUUUCUUCAACUCUGGUGGAAUUAUAUAUAGAUGUGUAUCUUUUUGAUGAUUGUCUUUAUCUACUCGAUGGUCGCCUCGAUCAAUUGCGCAUAUUGUUUAUUAAUGUUUGUCAUAUUCUUCCUCUCCGAUCAACUAUCAACACUAAGAAUAAGUUAGCUAAUUUGAAAUGUUUUUCAUUGACCAGUAAUAGUGAAACAUAUGUUUAUGAUGAAGUGAUUGUGCCAAAUUUACGUCGAAUGUUAAAUUUAGAAAAGCUAUCUUUGCAUCUUGACAUUAAAUGUAAAGUAAGAUUUAUCGAUGGAACUAAUUUAGAAAAGAAUAUUAUUGUUCAUAUGCCUAAUUUAAAUGAAUUCACAUUUAAUAUUCGAUCGAGCAUUUUAAUUAAUGAUCAAAUACAUUUACUAUCAAAUGAAGAUAUUCAGCGUACAUUGACAAGUUUAAGUGAUCAUCAAGUUAUUUCGUGUGUAGACUAUUUUCCAAGUAAUAAAACUGGUCAAUGUCAUUUUUAUACAUAUCCACAUACCAGGCAAUAUUAUGACAAUAUUACCAAUAACUUUCCAGGUGGAGUAUUAAAACAUGUUCGAAUUGCAACCUUAUUUGAUGAGCGUCCUUUUGAGCAUACAUUUUUUAUGCAAAUUGCUCAAGCAUUUCCGUUUCUUAACGAAUUGAUUGUAAGUAAUUGUAAAGCACAAAAUCAGAAACUAAACGGCGAUAGUGAAUCUUUUGCAAUUAUCAAAUAUUCUCAUCUUACUAUACUACGACUUAUCAAUAUUCAUGAUGAUUAUGCUGAAGAAUUUUUACUUGAUAUCAAAACGUGUUUUUCAAAUUUUAUCUUUUUGGUAAUGGACUAUGACAAAUUGCAGAGAAUUACUCGUAAUUUUACAAGAGACGCGACACGAGUCAAUUGUACUAAAGUCGAUCGCUUUUUUACUGCGAAACAAUCGAAUCGAUCAAAAGAUUUUCAUGUUUACUUUCCGUAUGUAAAAUAA